AUGCUGGUUCAGAUCAUGCUUCUAGAGCCGUCGAUGAAGCUGGCAGAGCUGGCUCGUCACGUGAUGGAAGAGGUCGAGGGGUCAGGGCCUGCCUUUGAAGUCUGCCUCCGUAUCCAACUCGCGCCCACCAACGUCCAACGAUGCGUCUUUGACUUGAUCUCAUCGAGAUGGGAUGAGUUGUCUCUCUCGUUGCAAAGGUUGCCGACGAGUUUCAAGCAUCUCAUGGGAGGUGCGAAUACACUCGCAAACGAGAGACUGAUACUUGACAAGGAGAAUGUCGAUGCCAUCGCCAAGGCCUUCUAUGACUUCCACGUUAAGCUGAUGCGAGCAUGCGUGUUACACCCCCCGAGGCCUGCGAAACUAGGAGGAACAGCGAAGACAGCUGAGAGAAGCGGGAGAGAGACAUGUAGUGGCUCAGAAACAGACAUGCGAGAGAAAGCAUCGCCAAACGUGACUCCCCACAAGCGCAAAAGAGAAGCAGCUUCACUCGAAGAGAGAGAAGAGAAACAGCAGUCUAACCGGGGCACCUCAACAAGUGAUGCGGAGCUUCUCAGUGAUAAAGAGACGCUGUCCCUCCAACAUCUCAAGACGGCGUUACGAGCAUUGAAACCGCACGCCAAGAGUUCGGAUCUCCCGCAAGCAUUGAAAGAUGUGGUCAAGAUGGAACGUGCAGAGCAAGCCUGGAAUUCUCUCAAAAUGGAGGAGUUGGGAGAUGAUCUUUUCUGUCUAGUCUCUGAUCAUAUUCUCGAUGACUCUUCGGGACACAGAGAGGCCUCCUGCUACAUGAGAAACGUCUUUGUGCCAAGAAUCAAGCUUCUCGCUCAGCCCGCGUCUCGAGUUCUUCUGGGCACCAUCAUGAACGCUGUGACGAGGCAUUCCCAUGCUGCAAGGGACAGCUUUGUCCUCCCUCUGCUUGAACAUCCAGACCUAGGGACCGCACAGAUCGAAGUGCUCACACGCGUGAUCAAAGAGGGUUUCACGGCACAGACUCAACUUGCUCUUCUCGAUGCGCUGCUGGAUGUCGUCGACAUGAAACGAGGAUCACUCACAGAUGCUGCACAGCCUCAUCCGUUUCAACAUGCUCACGUCGCGAUCGUGCACUCCAUCCUCCUACUCAAGCCUCCGAUCCCUCAAGUCUCUCUGGGAAAACUCGUUAUUAUGCUGGUGGAGCUCGUUCGAAGGGAGAGAGACUGCAAUGCUCCCGUCAUGUUGCAAUCACUCAAGUUCUCCAAUUUGGUUCUCGCUAUCGUCUCUAAGUAUGGCAGCGAGGUGACGGCGAGCAUCGACAACCUUGACGAGGUCGCCGACUUGCUGUGCACUACCUUGAAGAAGCCAAUCAAGAGCAUGAUCUCCCGAAUCAAGUCCAGGUAG